AAUGUUCUGACUUGCUCUAAGAUGAAGGUAUGGAAGUUUGCAGCCAUUGCCUCGAUGCUCCUCAGUUCCAUGUUGUCCAUUUUAGUUUGUAGAGACAUGCUCAACGGAAGCCGGAAAUACAGCCCCUUCCCUUCCUCGCCGUCAAGGUCAGCCUCCUCUUCUGCCUUGCCUGUAGGUCAGCGGAGAUCCCCGCGAUCGCUGGAGCACCGUGACCCGCUGAUCUCUCAAUACAGUACCUUGUUUGAAAGCUACACGGAGGGGGAAAUCCGACAGCUGAUCUCCACGCUGGUCGAGAGGUACAGCCAGUCCAUGAACUCCGGGGGGCACGAGCUGCCGCUCUUCCCCAAGCCUGGGAACCGCAUGAAGCGAGCCCGGGCCCGUCACAAACCCUGCGCCCUGAAGGAGCUGGAGGUGAGCGUCAGUGAGCUGGGCCUGGGCUAUGAGUCAGACGAGACCGUGCUGUUCCGCUACUGCAGCGGCACGUGCGAGACGGCCGUCAGGAACUACGACCUCUCCCUGAAGAACAUGAGGCUCAAGAAGAAGAUCAAAAAGGAGAAGGUCAGAGCCCGGCCUUGCUGCAGGCCUCUCGCGUACGACGACGACGUCUCCUUCCUGGACACUUACAACCGCUACUACACCGUCAACGAGCUGUCGGCCAAGGAAUGUGGCUGCGUGUGA